GCGAGCAAUUCAUCUUCUCCCCCUUUUUGAAAACCCUGAACCUGCAAAAAUGAGCAUCUCAUCUCGUACCAGAUCCAAACUAAAGCAAAUAGAAUCAACGACAUCUCUGUUAUUAAAUCUUCCAGAGGAGGUUCAAGAUGAGAUCUUUCUGAAGCUACCAGCGAAAUCCAUCUUGGUAUCUAGGUGUGUAUGUAAGGUUUUCUAUAAUCUACUUUCUAAACCUAGAUUUAUCAAAAAUCAUGUUAAUCGCACUAAUCAAUUCAAAAUUAACCCUAAGAUCUUGUUUAAUCAUCCAUCUCCAGAUGAUAAGACCCCUAUGAUUUACUCUGUAGGUAUUGAUUAUGCUUCGUUCUCAUCUCCAUCAAUUGAAUGUGGUGGGGCUGUUUUGUUAAAUUACCCAUUCGAAUCUGAGAAUUUGUACUUUAUUGAUUUUCUUGGCUCGUGUAAUGGUGUGAUUUGCUUAAGAAUUUGUAGUCCUGCUGUUAGAGAUGCUCAUGAAAGGGGAUAUCCUACAGAGGCAACUGAUUUUUUUGUUGUUUUCAACCCAUUAACUAGAGAAUAUAAGGAGUUUAGGAAGCCUGGACAUGGUUACGACUCUACCUAUGGAUUUGGUUAUGAUAGCGAAAUUGAUGAUUACAAAUUGGUAACGAUUUCGGAUUAUGUCAGAACUGGUAGCUUUGAAAUUGAUGUUUGUAAGGUGAGAACAGAUUCAUGGAGUAGUAUUCAGAGCACCGCCAAUUACAUAUUUUGUGAUGGUGGUAAAGGUCAUGGCGUGUUUUUCAGUGGAGCUCUUCAUUGGUUGGGAAGAAUAACUGCCCAAGAAACCUCAUCUGAAGUCUGUUUAGUUUGUAUUGAUAUUAGCAAUGAGAUAAUUGUGAAUAUGCCUCUAGCGGAUAAUAUGGAUCAUCAGAGAAUUAUCUAUGCAAAUGUGGGUGUGUUGGGAGACUGCAUUUGUAUAGCUUUUAUUUGGGAUUCCGUUAGAAUUGAUGUGUGGGUGAUGCACGAUUAUGGAGUAAAGGAAUCUUGGAUCAAAAAAUUUACCGCAAUACCAACAUCAUGGCCCUCGAGUGUAUUACCAUUUUGGAAACCGCUAUGGUGUUAUGACAGUGGGGAAAUUCUCGUAGAUAGUAAUAGAAAGAUGUUAGUUUUAUAUGAUCCAACAAAUAAAAAAGCUAGAUCAGCGGUUGUCCAUGAUAUUAAAAUAAUUGCUUGUGACAAUGUUAGAUCAGUGCUUGUCCUUGAUAUUGGAAUGGACUAUAAUCGAGAGAUUUAUGUGGAGAGCAUAGCCUCGCUAAAUUCUGGUACCUAUCUGGAGAAACGGAUUGCAGACGUGAUAGUGAAAAUCCCAAGUGACAACAGUCAGAUGGUGAGGUACUCUCAGAGGGGGUUCUAAGAUCUCAUCGUUUAUAACAAUCUCCAAAACUAUGAAUCCCUAUAACUUCAGACUGGCCUUUAAGAAAGAGUCUUGUUUGAGCAAUGGUCCUUGAAGGUUUCUGUGACUAGCAUGAUAAUGCUAAGUUUUUGGUAUUUUUGUUUCUAUUACUAGUCUCUGAUGGUGAUCGAAUAUUGGGAGUCUACAUGGUGUUGUCCUGAUGCUGAAAGCAUGUUAGAGCAAUUAUGUUGUGCAGCUGCUUGAUUGUGCAGAUUCUUGGAUAUAGCUGGUCGAGUGUGGAUGUUCUUUUUUUUCUUUUUUAAGUAUGAGAAGGCUUCCCAUGAGCUACUGUCAGCCUACACUGGUUCUCCUGUGAGAUCAAUUGGAGAGAUGUGCAAAACUAUGAUCAGGUUUUAAUAGUCAUGUGGUUUUUUAA